UCUGUUUCUCUCUUUUGCCCACUCCUGCAUGCACCUCUCCUUUGUUGCCCAGAAGACGCAGGGUCCUCCGUGUUUCUCAACCCAUAUCGAGGACUCGAUCACUGUGCCACCUCGGAACAUCGUCCUGCUUGGAUCCCGGAGUCAAAAAAACAGAGAAGCAUUCUGAGGCUUAGGCUACAGUCGGGUUCCACCGUGAAUUAUCUCACUUGUACUGACCCUGUUCGUACCCUGGCGCCGUAUCCGCGCCUAGAAGAUCACAAAAAGAUUCUUGUUCCCUCCGGCUCCAUAUCUCAUUGAAGUGUGGACCAUAUCCGAUCCUAUUGCCUGGGGCACCAAAGUACCUAUCUCCUCCAACAUCGAGAAUCCGGAUCUUGGGUGUUUAUAUUUUGCUUGAUUUGGCAUCCAGAUACUUGCUUUCAGUGCUUCCCAAGAGCACGGGGCAUCUUCGUGCAGAAAUAGGUCAUUUUCUGAUUCGGUGCCACAUUUGCUUCUCGCAGGAGACAGUAAGUCUCAUCUUUCUGCUUCCCGAGGCCAAUCACAAGACACCCACACCCCUUUUUCCCCUUGCAACUUGAGUUCUCCCCGAUAAACCCAAGCAAGAGCAAAGUGCAAGUCAGAUCAACGCAGAUCAAGUAUAUCUUGCCGUUGCUCCCUGAUAUAUCAGGCCACCAACCUUCACCGCCUCGAGUCUUCCCCUCUCAAGUUCAUCCGAACCUACCCAGCCCCAAGCUCCUUGGACUUGACCUAUCCGCUGAUCUCAGGCCAAAAGUCCUCUGUUGCGCCACUCCCUCUUCAGGGCCUCUUUUGCGCGUUUAUCCCGACGCGCCAUUUUGCGACGGGCGCCUUGAACCAUGUAUGGCACGCCUCACUCCUUAUCUACAAUGAAUGGUCUUGGAGAUCCUGUCGAUGGCUCGGGGACUAUCGAUCCUGCGAACUUGAGCAACUCUGUAUCUGUUGUCCAGCCAGCCCAAUCCUAUCUAAAUACAAGUCCCCGUGGUGUCAAGCGUAGUCGCACUCCAGAACACAGUGGGAAUGGACAUGCCGAAGGAGAACUGGAUGAUGAUGAACAAAGUCGUCGCAAGCGCGGUCGUCCCCCAAAGACUCCUCGCGCAGGCUCCAGUGAACAACCUGUCGCGAACACACCCACUCAAACACCCCAAAUGCAAUCUCGCCCACUGCCGCAGGCAAACGCCGGGUCGCCGCCUCUUGCAUCACCUCCGGAAAAUAAGACUACCCCGUCAAAGUCGCAGGUUAAAGCGCUACCCACCGUGAGGGAUCAUACAUCCGACCAGCUGAAUCCAGAAGGCGAUGAGUACAUUCCAAAAGAAUUUGAUGAGGCAGGAGAGACAAAGGCAGACCCUAUGGGAUACCCACUUGGUGGCCGCGAAUACAAAUGCCGGACAUUCCGCGUUCCCCUCCGCGGUAACAAACUGUUCAUGCUUGCAACCGAAUGCGCGAGGGUACUGAACUACCGAGAUUCAUAUCUUUUGUUCAACAAAAACCGGUCCUUGCAUAAGAUCAUCGCAUCCCAGAUUGAGAAGGACGACCUCAUCCAGCAAGAUAUUCUCCCAUAUUCUUAUCGGUCCCGUCAAAUCGCCAUUGUUUCCGCCAGAUCCAUGUUCCGACAGUUUGGGAGUCGGGUGAUCGUAAAUGGCCGUCGGGUUCGGGAUGAUUAUUGGGAGAGCAAGGCUAGGAAGCAGGGUUUCACAGAGGAUGACCUGGCGGGCGAGAAGCGUCCUGGUGCGGCCAAGACUCGCGAUGGCUCGACCACAGAGCCUGCAACCAACCUGUUACCGGCGCUUCCCCACAACGAUGUUGUUUACAGCAGUACUAUCGAACCGUUGCCUCCUGGACUUUCUCUUGACACUAGUGACGCGUCUGCUUCCCUGUCGUCACUCCCGAUGAUUCAAAUGGCAACAACAGAUGAUCCACGACUGCGAGAUUACAAUGUCAUGCCUCGUUCUCGCCAGGAGAUGACGGGACAACCCUAUCAUGACCGCACGCAAACCAGUUCGGCAGCAGAGCUCCUCAAUCAGGCCUCACAUACCGCCGAUUUUAACAAGAUGCUGAGCUCGCAGCGCACCUUCCGUCAGAAAGGUCUGGAUGAAUUCUACUCUAGGCCCCGUGAAGCUCCUGAAACAGAGCCUCAGUCCAGUACUGCUCUUGACUCGGGUUUGUCUGUGUCACAGCCAGUUCAAGUAUCCCAUAUCCCCACUGGCGGGAUGGCUAACCCUUCUCAUGCCCAGCACGUGAUGGCUCAACAGCCUUCCAUGCAGGCUUCGAUGCACCAAAACGCUAUGAUGGGUGGACAACCAGGCUAUCCGCAGACUCACCAAGCCGUUGGACAAUCUCCCCUCAGAGUGCCUCCGGGUAUGCAACCUGGCAUGAUGCACCAACGAUCCAACCCGUCCAUGUCUUCUGGUAUGGCUCAGCCUCCUCCUUACGGGUAUCCAUCUCAGCAGCAGCAAAUGUGGGGACAGCCACCACCCCAACCGCAGCCAUCUCCGUUGCCCUCUUCCGGUCAUCAGGGUGUUGGCAUGUCUCAGUAUGGUCAACAAAUGGCCGGAGUUCCUCAGCAAACACCAUCUCCUCUUCAUACGCAGCAGCAGCACCACCAGUCUCCCCGGAACCAGCAGCGUCAAUCAAUACCGCAAAUGCCACAGUCAUUCCCUCAAAUGCAGCACGCACAACAGGCUCAGCCCCAAGGUAUGCAAGGCAUGGGCUAUCCUGGUGGCACACCGGCCGGUUAUCCAGGCAUGCAACGACCUAUGUACCCUUCAAAUCAGGCUCCGGGUGGCCAGCCAUUUAUGGCUGGAAAUCCUCAGCAGGCGGGUCUUGCAAUGGGCAUGGGAGGCGCCGGUAUGCCCGGAUGGGCUGGACCUGGUGCGCCGAUGCAACAAGCCGGACAGCCUCAGUCAGGCCAGUCUGGGAGCCCACUUGGCGGCGGAUGGGGUUACUAGAUUGCAGUCAGCAUCGUCUAAAUUGGUGUUUUUUCCCUUGGCUUUUACAGCAUUAUCUGAGACGCUAUCUCCUUGCUAUGCUUUCAUCAUCUGCUUUUCUCUUUUGUGUCUGACUUACUCCCCUUUUUCUGAUGUUCCAGUGUUCCUCUGCAUUCUUCACUGCAUGCUGUGGUGUGAAGGAUCUUCGGUUAAUGUUAAUCUGGGCCAAUAUUCCUAUACCCUUUGUUGAGUUGUACGUGAUCAAGGCACCUACCUGGUUGUUAUUUUUUCCGGUGUGCCUUUGCCGGCGUUGUUUUUCCAUCUGAUUUCUAUCAAUUCGGCGUUGAUACUACUAUCUGGACAGAGUGUUACAAGAUUACGAGUUUGUAUGUUUCUAUUUCUGCCCUAUACAUGGUCGAUAGAAAUGUGUGUGUACGGCUGUCGAAAUUCGGUCUAGUUUCUUUGUCCUUGUACCUUGGCCGAGACGUCUGAUAAUCUCUCGACCGUUCGGAGAAGUCUGUGUUCAGUGUUCACUUGCAUCUCCACUAUGUAUUGGUUUCUUAUCAUUAUCUUACUAUCUGCUACUUUCUUGUUUGUGUAUUACCGUCUUGUUUAAGACUCGUGGUUUUCUUUCCUUUCGUUGUUGUUUUAUCUUUGGUUGUUUGUUCUGUCUUGCAUUAUCUCUGCAUGGUGUAUCACUUCCUAUCUCUCUGGUGUCCACUUCUGCUGUCUAUUGUUACUUCUCGCAUUUUAAAUCGGCAUCCGAGAUGCUUACUCUUUUCAUCUUUCUGUACUUUCUCCCUUGCCUGCGUUGCACUAGUUUCAGAUUAAUGGUGAAAUGGUACAUACCCUACCUACUCUACUCCGUUGUUAUCCGGCUUCUGGUUGAUGUGGUAGAUGGUUGGCGUUAUUUCG